AUGAGUGCUGUCCCAUGCAGUCGACGCAAUGUGAGGUGCGGCGAGCCUUGCCGCGCAUUGCUUGCAUGUGGUCAACACAUAUGUCCAGGCGCAUGUCAUGCCGAAGGCGAGUGUCCGCCGUGCAAUCAGGUGUGUGGACGGCCGCGUCCUGUAUGUGGGCAUCCGUGCGAGCGUCCAUGCCAUGCGCCAGAGCCAUGCAGUGCGGACGAGCCAUGCAAAGCCGUCCUAGCUCGUCGGUGUGCAUGUGGUCAUCGCGAAAAACUCGAUGUGUGCGGUGCAGCACCGGGCAUUGAACGCCCACCUGUGCCGCCACUCGAGUGUGUCCCUGCAUGCAAGGUAGCUCAGCGCAAUGCGCGAUUUGCUCGUGCACUUGGCCUCGAUACUCAGCGCGAGGAGGUAUCCUAUUCUGCCACACUUCUUCAAUACGUCGCGCAGAAUCCACGCGGCUCCCAAGCUGUGCAGGAGGUGCUGAACGAAUUUGUGCAGUCGCCACGAGUGUCUGCGCAGCUUCGCGCAUUGCUGACGUCGUUUGCGGUCCGCCGUGGUUGUGAGCCCAUCAAGGUGGACGCACCAUUGCUCGCGUUCACUGAGGAACUUGCGCAUGCUUAUCACUUGGAAGUUGGUCUAUGCACGCCUCAAGGCUUGAUCCACACGGGUCCAGUGCCGUCUAACGGGCGUGACGUGGAUGUUCGUCUGCGUCGACUGCGUGACACACGCAUUCCCACUGUCCUGUUAACUGAGUUUGCAGCCAGUCAUCCUGCACGCACAUCACUAGAGGCAAGGCGCUUACGAUCGGCGGCGACAGCAGCAAGAGGAAGCGCUACAGCAAUGGGUUCGCCAACGUCUGGAGCGUCUGUGCCACGUGGAAAUGCGUUGUGGAUCACUGCCCCACGGUCCGUCACGGGUGAAGCGGCGCUCGAAAACAUGGAUCAAACUGCAUUGGCCACAGCCUUAGGCGAUGCGUCUCUGGGUGGCCGUCGCUCUUGGAAGAUGGUGUGCUGUAACGAAGGCACUCUUCUCACACACAUUCAGCUGGAGCCACAAAGCCUUGCAGCCAUUGCGAGCCGUCCGAAGCCACCCGGAUCAGAUGCUCUGUCACCCAUUGAGCGUCGGCUUCUGUGGGUCUCUGAGGAUGUCCAGCGGGCAUUGGCCUCGGCAGGUGCGCCCACCGAUGAAGAGGUGCUGUUGUGCUCAUGUACGGAGGGGGGUCAAGUCACACAUGUCUUUCGUGAUGGACGUUGGUCGAGACAAGACGUGGUGAUGAACAAGACGGCCUCUCGCACAUAG